UUUUCUUGUAUUUUGUGAUAUCCCAGCUGUUCAGUCACAUUUAUAUAUAACUUAAGCCCUCUGCUACAAAAAUUUCAACAGAUUUCUUUUUCAUAGUCUUUACUCUUUUUAUUUUUGCAUCCUGGUAUUUUUGUAUCCUGUUCUUUUUCUUACUGGUUUAGAAGAUUGCACAUUCACUAAUAUAAAUUCAUACAUUCAUAACGAUUCCGCAGCAAAUACCGACUUAUUAAUAUCUCAACCACACACAGACACACAAAAACAUGUCACAGGUAAUAACAGAGUUUAUAUCUAGACGUGAGCUAUUCACUCAAGAUAAUCAAUAUAACCAAAGCUAUGUUCUUCUAUUCACAGUAGCGAGUUCUAUAAUUUGGAUUAUGGUUCCCGGUUUAGCAUUUCUUUACUCUGGUUUAGCCAGAAGAAAAUCUGCAUUAUCUAUGAUUUGGAUAUGUAUCAUGUCGUCAUUCAUCGGAGUAUUCCAAUGGUACUUUUGGGGUUAUUCCUUGGCAUUUUCCAGCACUUCAUCCAACCCAUUCAUUGGAGAUUUACACUUUUUUGGGUUUCAAAACUUAUUAGGAUCAACACCAUCUGAAUCUGACUACCCUGAAAUUGCAUUUGGAUUAUUCCAAUUACAAUUCUUGUUAGUUACAUUGGCCAUUUUAGCUGGUGGUUGUAUUGCUGAACGUGGUAGAUUCUUGCCAUCAAUGAUUUUCUUAUUUUGCUGGGCCACUGUUGUCUAUUGUCCUGUCGUUUAUUGGAUUUGGGGUGGCGGAUGGGCCAUGAACUAUAAAUCAGGUGUUUUGGAUUAUGCCGGGGGAGGACCAGUUGAAAUUCUUUCUGGUGUUUCUGCAUUUGUUUAUUCGGCAUUUUUAGGAAGAAGAAAUGAAACCUUAAUGAUCAACUACCGUCCACAUAAUAUCUCCACUAUUUUCUUGGGUACCUCUUUAUUAUACGUCGGUUGGUUAUUCUUCAAUGGGUUCUCUUGUGGUAACCCAAGUUUGAAGGUUGCUUACUCCAUGAUGAAUACUCACAUCUGUGGUGCUUUUGGUGCUAUUUCUUGGUGUUUGUUGGAUUUCAGAUUGGAAAACAAGUGGUCUAUGGUUGCUGUCUGUUCUGGGUGUAUUUCCGGGUUAGUUGCUGCUACUCCUUCUUCAGGGGUUAUUCCACUUUGGGCAUCUGUGAUUUUGGGUAUCACUGCCGGUAUUGUUUGUAACUUGUCUACCAAGAUUAAGUACUUGUGUCGUGUUGAUGAUUCCCUUGAUGUGUUGGCGGAACACGGUAUCGCUGGAGUUGUUGGAUUGUUGUUUAAUGCACUCUUUGGAUCAGCCACCGUUAUUGGUUAUGAUAAUGUUACUGACCAUGAAGGUGGAUGGCUCGAUCACAACUGGAAACAAUUGUACAUUCAAAUUGCUUACAUUUUAGCGGUUGCCGCAUACUCGGCAGUUGUUACUGCCAUUUUAUGUUUUGUCAUUGAUAAAAUCCCGGGAUUGCACCUUAGAAUUGAUUACAAUGCUGAAGAAGUUGGGGUUGAUGAAGAUCAAAUUGGGGAAUUUGCAUACGAUUACGUUGAAGUUAGACGUGACUUUUUGGACUGGGGUAAUCCUCAAGUGAACCCAAACUUGCAAGCGCAUCUGAUCCAUGAGGGAAUGAUUGACAACCAAUUAGUGAGAAUCAUUUCUGUUAACAGACCUGAGGUUUUCAAUGGCGAUGCCAAUUCCAUUAGUAGUAACCAAGACAGUGGAAGUAUAAACGAGAAGCGGGGACACGAACCGCAGGCAUAUUUGGCCGAACACAAGUUGCAGCAACAACGUUCACCACAAAAUCAACAAUUGCAUCCACAAACACAACAGCACAUAGAACAACAGGGUUCGGAUCAAGCGCAUGAACAAGUGUAGGCUUGGUAUGAGUUUGGUUAUUAAUUUAUUAAUACUUCACAUUUAUAAAAAUUUUAUUUCUGUACAUUUUAGUUAUUUUAUUAUCAAAAUUUAGUUUAUAGUUACCAAAAAAGAUUUAAUAUGGAUUAU